AAGAAAAAAGAAAAAGAAAAAGAAAAGAAAAAGAAAAAGAAAAAGAAGAAAAACAAGAAAAAACAAAAACAAAAAAAAAAACAAAAACAACAAAACAAAACAACAAAAGCAAAA